AUGAAUGGACAGAGUGAUAUAGUGAUGCUGAUGGUCCAAUAUCCGCUCAUUCGGGAAAUGGAUCUAAAAGACAGUGAUGGCAAGACACCCCUUAUGUUGGCCGUCCAGCAUGAUCAUCCUGAAUGUGCUGAGGCUCUCGUCAAAUGGCAUGCAAAUACAACGAUACGCGAUCAUCAGCAUAGCACCGCGCUUGACGUUGCAGUACUGAAAGCGGUCAGCCUGUCUGAAGCGCAGCCCCUUGCUAGGUUAGCAGGAAUGGGAGCGGAAGAAGUACUUUGCGAAAUCCUUCAAACCAAUCCUUCUACUGAAAUAUGUGCCGCUGCCACUAUGCUGGUUGCGCUCGGCGUUUCAGCAAAAUUGGGGCGAUGCACGUGGCGGUACAGCCUUCCACUAUGCGGCCGCUCACGGCCACACGUCGACUACCGUUUCGGCAAUACCGCGCUCCAUCUAGCUGCACAAAAUGGACACACUGCGACUGUUGAGGCCCUCAUCCUGCAUAGGAAGAUUCAGAGUGGAAUUGAAUUAACUCCUUUCAACAAACAAGGAGCAACACCGCUUCAUCUUGCGGCACAAAAUGGACACGUUGCGGUUGUGGAGACGCUCCUUAAUCACUGGAAGAUGACUGACUAUCCUUACCGCAUGAAAUCGACACUUUAUGACCGUGGAGGCCCUUCUUAA